UGAGAAAAAAUAUUUCAAUUGAAGUCUGUUAUUUAGAGGCUUCGCAUUGUGACCAUUAAAUUGUUUUUUCUGUUCGAUUAGAUGUUUCAUUGAACCUAAAAUUUUGAAUAGUUCGGUCAAGACAUCCAUUUUUUUUCCAUCAGUUAAUUAUUGCAAAAAACUUUACGCAGUAGUGCCUAAUCAUCUGUUUCGUUGUGGUAAUUAGAACCUGAAAAAUAUACUUGGUCAUUUACUCAGAACGAAUAGGUUCAUUCCUACAAUACGUAUUACUUUUCGUACUAUGAAACCAAUGGUUACAAUAAUGAAACGAAAAAUUUCCUCCAAAUAAACGGUUUCAUUAGACCAUCCCCCCUGUUCGCACGCAACGGUCCACUUGAUACUCCCGCCAGUCCCGCCAGAAUAAUCUAGAUUUUAAUCAGAUACGCACGCGGUACGCAAAGAGGUUUAUCUUUGGUACGUGUAAAUAUAAAAGCAAGUGUAUAGACAAACUGUGAGUGGUAAUGAGUGAAAAAUUCAAAAGUAUUUUGAAAUCUUGGGGAUUGGAAUACCUCAUCCAAUUAUUUGAAGAUGAAGGUAUUGAUGAUACUGCCUUCGAUUUGCUCGAUGAGCAAACUAUGAAGGAACUUAUUCCGAAAAAAGGAAGUUUCCUCAUUUUUCGUUCAAAAUAUGAACAAUAUAAGAACAAAAAAGUUAUCGAAGACGCUUUAAAAUCAGAUAUUAUAAUUGAUUCAUUAGAAACAGCCUCAAACUCAACAUCCACUGCUCGUACAGUCACAAUAUCUGACUUGGGUACUCCGUACUAUUCAAGUGAUGUAUCCAAUGACUCCAGAUGUUUCAUUCCAGAAUUAGAUGCUAUUUUAAAUAGUGAGGAGCAAUCUAAUGAAAACGCCUGUCCUAAUUUAACACCUAUAAUGAGAGAAUCGAAAACCAAGCGACCGAGCUCCUCAUUAUUCAUCAAUUACAUGUCUUUGGAAGAUUUAUUGCGCAGUUCUACUGAAGGUAGAAUAUUAUUGGCGAAAAAACAGAAACUGACCAAUGACUCUAGACAGAAAUUAGUGAAUUUGAUAAUAGACGAGUUAAUUAACGAAUGUCUUCGAUCGAAGCAAAGAGUGGAAUUGAAAACCGAGAAGCUGAUUGAAAUUGCAGAGUCUAUACAAGAACUGUUUGUGGGAGAAGAUAAAAACACAUAUUAUAUACCAUACAGUUCCAAAAGGGACAGUCUAAGGAAACAACCAGCCCGAGGAAAAUUGUGGUAUAGGUACCUCAACAUAAAAGCUCAACUGAGGUUGAUAAACAAAGAAAAAAUAUCAACUCCAGAAGUGGAGUCUGAAUCAUUCACAGUUGAAGAACAACAGUGCUUGGUAUUCCUGAAAACGCAUUCUGAACCUUACCAUGACUUGUUGAUAAAUUGGGAAGCCACAUUUGACAUAAGAAAAUCCAUUUAUUCUGAGUGUGAAAUUCAAACCCUGUUCAACGAUAUUAAAUGUUCAGAUAAGGAUUAUUUUCUAAAUUUGCUCGAAACUGAUUUCAAUAGGGAUAACCCAGGAAGAGUGGAUAUCAUUUAUUCUCAGUGGCCUAAGGUUUUUCCAGCAAUUUUAAGGGAGUUAGAAAUUAGAAGAAUAGCGGUAGCUAAGGAAUUCAACUCCCAUGAACUAGAUCCACAGACACAAGCGUUCAGUCAUCUGGCCUAUUUGUUUUCCCCAUCUAAUAUUAAGGGAAAAAACUUCCACUGGAGGCCAUCCAGAACAGAGGUGCAAGAUAGCAUUUUUUGUGUUGUGAAGGAUGAUGAAGAAUUAGAGGAGCGGAUUAAAAGAAGGAAAUUGUUUUUAGAUAAGGGUGACCUUCCCUUACAGCCCUUUGCUUAUGCUGUUGUUGUGUUGGAGGAGAUUACAUUCUUCAUCCAUUGUUAUGGCAAAAAAUACAAAAUUGAUGUUCAGAAUUGUACUCGUUGCAUAGAGCUUCUUUAUAAACUAUACCAGACAUUAAAUCUUGAAUAUCCUCCAGAAGGAAAGAGCGUUUGGAACUUGGUGCAGGAGUUGGUGUUUGAUACUCCUUGUAAGGAGAAAAACUCAAGCACAUCUAGUGUAUUAUCUGAUAUUAAACAUCAUUUAAUCAGUUUCAUCAGGGAAACCGAAAUAUCUAUUAAAAGAGAUCCUAAAAAAUUCUGGAAUUUUGUGAAUGCCAGAAAAAGGGAUAAUUGUUUACCCAAUGUUAUGUUGUACGAGGGCGACGAAUGUCGUAAUGAGAGCGAGAUAGUUGAUGCUUUCGCAAGAUUUUUCCAAUCUACUUAUAAACAGCAUAACGACAUCAUCUCCUGCGACGCCACUGAUGCAUUUCGUGAUAAGGAUAACACGAUGUUGAACAGGUGUUGCGCGGUAUCGAAUCUCUUGACGUAA